AACGUCACGUGACAACACGGAAGUGACGCGGGGUGCUCAAAAGAGUUAAGCAAAGCAUCUGGGAACAAAACAUCAGCUAGCUGCAGCUUCAUUUAACAGCACGGACACAGAAGACAGUGCGGGCGGACGGUCAAGACACAUAACACAUCUGCAAAACGAACAUGAAUCCAGUCUACAGCCCUACACCCACGGGGGUCCCCUUCACCAACACUAAGGGUUUAGGCUAUCCAGCAGCUGGAUUCCCUGUUGGCUACGCCGCCGCCCCGGCCUACACCCCCAGUGUUUAUGCGGGGGCCAACCCGGCCUUUCAGAGCAGUUACGCUCCUGGCACUCCCUUCAAAAUGUCCUGCUCUCCCAACACGGGGACCGUCCCACCGUACUCCUCCUCACCGAACCCGUACCCCGCUGCUGUCUACCCGGUCCGGAGCACCUAUGCCCAACAGAACCCCUAUGCACAGGCGUUAAUACCGUCACAGCAACAGGGCACCUACUACACGCAGCCUCUAUACGCUGCGCCGCCACAUGUCAUCCACCACACGACGGUGGUCCAGCCCAACGGGAUGCCUGCAGCGGUCUACGCCCCUCCCAUCCCUCCCUCCCGCCCCAACGGCGUUACCAUGGGGAUGGUGGCUGGCACGACCAUGGCCAUGUCAGCCGGAACCCUGCUGACGACCCCAUCCCCUGCUCCCGUCGCCCCACACGCCGUCUCGAUGCCCACAUACCGGGCCCCCGGCACGGCCAGCUACAGCUACGUGCCCCCGCAGUGGUGAAAAAGCUCGCCACGUCAGCCGACGGUAGAUAUGCAUUCACACUCGACUUCAGUGUUUCCUGCUCUUGGUGGCGACCUGCCAAGCAGCGUCUGCAACCAGUUACUCUUCUUCCAGCAUAAUGUGAAUUUAAAACCCAACUAUGUAGAAAGAGGUCUAUUUGGAUAGGGAGGUGGACGAAGAAUAGGUCCACCCCCACCUCUUUAACGGCAUAAGGCUGCAUUCCACCACCCCUCUUCCUCCCUCCAGCGCCAGCACCUCCACAGCCUGCUGCAUAUCUCACAUAAAACUGCAACGCCUCCAUGCAAACUUUAUUAUUAUUAUUAUUUUUGUGGACUGGUUUUUAUAGCUUAAACUGUUGGAAAGGGAGUUUAUAAUUUUGUUUUAGGGGUUUACCUGUUGAAUGCAUGUGUGUAAUUAUAGAUAUAUGAAGUAACGCUAGCUCAAUCUACCUGCUGUGACAGAUGCAAAUCAACUAAUGUCCAAAAAAAACGAAAAAAUAUAAAGGUAGAAGUAAUAUUCCGCAACGCUAAAUCACCACAUUUUUAAAUGUGAACGAAGCAAAAGUAGGUCGUGUGUAACCGAGCUCAGACCAAACCAUUUUUUUUUAGUUUUUUCCAAGUGUUGCCGUGUUUUCCCGUCUUAUCGUUUAUGUAUUUUAGGAAAAAGAUGGGAGGUUGUUGUGCCUCUUACUGAUUCAUUAUUUCUUUUUUUAAUUUUCCCGCCCUCUUCUACGUUUUUUUUUUUUUUCUAAAAGAGUCCCCUGAAGCAGCUCCUCAUCAGAUGUUGGCGGUAAAACUGUCUUGAGGGAGGAAAGGAUUUCCACCCAUCUGAAAAAACGAAAGAAAAAAAAAAAAAAAGGUUUUGUGUGUACUGUAUAUGAAAGUGUCUUAAACUAUAAACAAUAAAAGGAAAAAAAUGGUGCCAUAACGUGAGAUGUGCUUAGACUUCUUUUAUUUAGACUCGGUGUCACUGUAGUGUUCUCGGGCAGCUCUGGCAUCCUGGAAAUCACUGCUAACGUCAUAAACGUAGGGAAAACCUUCAACUCUGAUUGUGAAUAGCACUACUGAAUGAAGGCACUAAGUCAACCAAACUGUUUCAAAUAUUUUAUCUUUUGACUUUGCCCGCUGUUUUACCUCAAAAAGGCUCCUCCACCCCCCAUCACUCUUUCAGACAUGCUUCUCUCUGUUGCCUCGGUCACCUCAGUUAAUGAUCUGUUUUGUAAAUGUUAUUUUUUUGUGAUUUUGGUUCAUGUUUUGUACUUUAAAGAAAGACCAAAAAUAAAAACAAAUAUAAGUAUAAUCAA